CGCGCCGAGGGGCAGCCGCAUCCUAUGGUGCGACGGUGCCUUGGUCCCAGUGGCGGGAAGGGCGCUGUUCUUUCUGCCUUAGGGCCAGCGGGCCGCGCUUCGGCGUCGUAGCGCGGGGCGCUGUGACUGCCGGCACAUGGCGCGCUGCGGUAGCGGAGCUGCGCCAAAGGGCCCCAGCCCGGGGACGGCGGAGCGGCAGCGGCUGAAAGAGGCGCUGGCCGAGCAGCUGCGGCAGGACCUGAGCAGGUUGCUGGCGGAGGGGACGCACACCGACGUGACGAUCCGCGUGGGCGACGCGUCGCUGCGGGCUCACCGAGCGGUGCUCCUGGCGCGGGCGCCGCGGCUGUUCAGCGGCCUGGGCGGGGGGCGGCCGCCCCGCGAGGCACUGCGACUGCACGGACCGGGGCCCGCCGAGCUCCGGCGCUUCCUGCGGCUUGUAUAUUCAUCUGAUAAGAAUCUUCAAGAAUCUGAGGAACUGGCUAUGAUGAAAAAAGUUCUGGAGUCCAAAUUAAUACAAGAAAACAACAGUGCUGCUCUUCAGAACACUGCAACAGAUGUAAGUUGUCUUGGAGAUGACAGAAGUGCAGCAGCUGAUCAGAAUGCUCUAAGCAGAGCUGUUCAGAAAGAAACUGCUUCUUCACCUAGCAGUGAAGGUGAAAUUCCCGAAGGCAUUGAUGCAAAAAGUAACAAAGCCAUGGCAGGUAAUUACAAGCUAGAAACAGCAUCUGCAUUAGGAGAUGACUUAUUGAGGCUGUACAAGAAACGCUGCUGUCCAGAUAUAAAUAUUUGCAUAGAAGGCAAAGAUUUUCAAGCUCACAGGGCCAUUUUAUGUGCCAGAUCUAGUUACUUUGCUGCUAUGCUGAGUGGAAGUUGGGCUGAAAGCUCCCAAGAGCGCAUCACUCUUCAAGGCUUAAGCCAUAUAGAAAUGAGUGUCAUCUUGCAUUUUAUAUAUGGAGCUAUUCUGGACUUCCCAGAUGAAGUUGAUGUUGGUCGCAUGUUGGGCAUUGCAGAUAUGUAUGGGCUAGAUGGGUUGAAAGAAGUAGCUAUCUACAUUUUGAAGAGAGAUUACUGCAAUUUUUUCCAAAAGCCUGUUCCUGGAAAACAGCAACCCGUAUUAGAAUGCAUGGCUAUUGCUCACUCACUGGGAGUGGAACACCUAUAUGCUGCCUGCAUGAAAUGGGUAGGAAAACAUUUUGCAAAAUGUUUGUCAGAAAGAAGUUUUGCCACUCUACCUACUGAACUGCAGAACAACUGUCUUGUUAUGUUGAUUAAGUCUUUGAACCACAAGAACGUUGCUUCACUUUUGAUGGAAAGUGACCGGCUGAUCAAUAGUCUUCCCCAGGUGAAGUGGACCGAGAGAGCUGUGGCCGUGGCCUCUAGGCUACAAGAAGAAUGCUUAACUUUUAUUGUGGCAAACUUUCUACAUGUAGUACAAAGUGAAGGCUUCUAUAUUCUGCUGCAGGCACAGGCAAUGAGCAGCAAACCUGAUCUCCUAGAACUAAUUUUUAAUGCAAUUGAGAAAAAUACAAAUAAUGAAAAUAGCUGCUUUCUUCUUGUAGCUGUGGAUACGUUGUUGGACUCCGCAGACGUGAAGGAGUUGGGUUUUACGUGCAAGAUCCAGGCUCUGCGUGAUAAGCUCUGGGUCUUCCUGGUUCAGUCUUUUUAUGCUGUUCGUCACACAGAAGGCUGGAAGCUGAUGCGGCCAGACCAUCAACAGAAAAUACAAGCAGCCGCAUUUGACAAGGGUGAUGACAGAAGACUUGCCAAAAAACCUGUAUUCACUAGUUCUCAGCUAAAUAAAUCCAUCACUGAAUUUGCUGGUAAAAGGAAUACUUCUUGGACAGAACACGGCAAGAAAGGUUGCUGGGGAGAUUCUCCCACUAAUCGGGAUAAAAUGAAAUCUGAUGGAUUAGGAGCAUCUGGACAUGCAUCGAGCACCAAUAGAAACACCACUAGCAAGACUUCAAAGCAUGAGGAUGUAAAGGGAAAAGAUGGCAAAAAAACAGUUUCCAAACUUAAUAAAGAUUCAAAACCUGGGGAAAAAACUACUUCACCAAAGGCUAGAGCUGUUAUAAAAACAAAAAUAGAAAAUAAUGGAAAUGCAAAGGCUGAAAGCAUGCUUGCCAAGCAAGAUGCUGAAAAGACAUCCACUUCAAGUGGACAAAAAAAUUCAGGAAGUGUCAAAGGAUUAAAGAACCAUGAAGGAAAAACAGCAGGUGCCAGACCUAAAGUGCUGACGGUAACCUCAAGUGUGCCCAGCAAAACAAAGCCAUUAAAAAAAAACACUGGGAAGGAAUCUCCAUCCACCGCAACUGCAGCAGGAACAUCCAGCAAGUUAACAAACUCCAGCACAGAUAUCCAGGCUGCCAGUGAACAGACAGAAGAAUCCAAAGAGGAAAAAUUGGCAGAAGAAGGAAAAAAACAUACUGUGAUAACGAAGUCUUCUUUGAAGACGUCAAAUGGAGUUGCCAACAAAAAAAAAAAAGCUGAUCCUGAAGUUAAUAUCACAACAAGCAGUCUAACAAAAAAAACGGCUGGAAAAUUGUCCAGUGAACAGAAUGCACAGGCUGUUCUAAAGAAGAAAGGGAAUGGGAGUAGCAAUGCUGCAGCACAGCAGAAGGCUCAGGACACACCUACCCAUUCUCCUAAGAGCCAAGGAACUAUGGGGGAGUCACCAAAUUCACUGAAAUCAGGAGCGUCUCCAAAACAUAAUGAAGAAAGAAAUGUAGCACAACAUCUGGUUCAGACAACACCCCCAGAAAAACAUCCUUCGGCCAAGAAGAAGAGUAUUAAGCCAUCACAAACACCUGUAGCAAAAGCCACUGCAAAAAUCCUAACGCCCAAAGCUCAAGCUCUGUCAAAGCAUGGUGAGAUAACAAACAAUAAAGACCCAAAACCAAAAACAGCUGGGCAAUCUGUAUUAAAAUCUCAGUCCUCUACCCCAAAACAUUCAAGGUGUGAAUCUCCUGUUGUCCAGAAGAAUAUGCAGACCUCUGAGCACAGAAGUCCAGGACAGAAACUUGGAAAAAAUGCAGCUGAUGUGGCAACUGUUCAGCCUCAUGACAACAACGAAUGCAGUUCUGCAAAGCAAAGUGAAUGUCUGAAAUCUGUGAUGGGAGGUAGCAGAGAAGAUGAGCUCCUGGCAUCUUGUCAGCCCGAUAAACAAAAGUUAUUGGUUCCUGAAGAUGGAGAAUACAAAAUACAAUCAAAAUCUUCUUUAGUUAUAGGAGAAACUGUUUCUAAAUUGCAUGUUUCACUGCAAAAUGGAAUAGAAGCAAGAGAAAUCUGUGGGGAUCAGGCUGAAAUUAAUCAGAAUAAAGACAGAAAUUUAGCUGAUAAUACUGCUGAAUUUUGCUGUCACGUACAGUCUACCAGUGAUGAAUACUCAGACUUUUCCAAGGAAACAAAUCAAAAUGCUGCUACUUCAGAAGAAUUGGUAGAACAGCCAAAAGCAAAAAAAGUCUGCAUGGAACAAAGUGAUCAAUUAAGCACUGAUACGGGUCUUAACCAUAGUGAAAACAUUUUACCAAGCUUUUCCAAAGGGAUAACUAAUAAAGAGGAUGUAACAUCACCUCCUCACACUCACAUGGAGGGAUUUCGUCCAGCUGAUGAGUCAUGUGGCGCAUCAGCCUUGCCUGAAUACAGAUCAGGUACAGUAGAUUUAGAUGAUGUUUCAAAACAUUCCAUAGAACAAACAAGAGACAAAUGUUCACAUAAUUACACAGAGUCUAUUGAUCCCACAGAAAUGCCAGAAAACCAGGAAAAUGCAGAAAUUCCCUUUGUGGACCACUGGAAUACUGGUGCACUAGAUCCAAAAGAGAGUCCUGAAUCAGAUACUGGCAGUGCAACCACAUCCUCUGAUGAUAUAAAACCAAGAUCAGAAGAUUAUGAUGCUGGAGGCUCUCAAGAUGAUGAAGGAUCCAAUGAGAGAGGGAUUUCUAAAUGCAGCACCAUGUUAUGCCAUGAUUUUCUUGGAAGAAGCAGCAGUGACACCAGUACACCUGAAGAAUUAAAAAUUUAUGACAGCAGCCUUAGAAUAGAAGUCAAAAUGAAAAAAGAAGGCUCUGAUCUCUUCCGUGUUAAUUCAACAAGUGAUGAUGAAAUACCAAGAAAAAAACCUGAAAUUUGGUCUCAUCAAGAAAGUGCAAGGAACAGAACCAGAGAAACUGAAAAUUCUACUUUUGGCAAUGCACCGUUUACUCAGGAAGCAGACCAAGUUUCUUCUUCUGCUGAUGAAACAGAAGAUGACAGAUCUGAACCAGAAAAUGUUGCAGGAAACAUUCUUUCAUCAAACGUUCCUGCUCAGCAGUUCCAAGGAAUUGAUAAUUUAGCUUUCGAAGAUGCAACAGAAAGUGCUACUGCAAGUCAAGAGUUUUCUAAAACUAAAAGUUUCAAACGAUCUGUUUUACUUUCAGUAGAUGAAUGCGAAGAAUUGGGAUCUGAUGACAGAGUGGAAACUCACACUUCAUGUCAGCAUUCAAUAGAUUCUCUUACUCCUUCAGACGUAUUUGACAGUGUUUCCCAGGAGCACCAUGGAAAGACUUUUUAUUCAAGAUACUCAUUGGAAAUUGAAGAUGGAUUCUUGGAUUGCAAACAGCCUAAGGAUCAAGACAACAGAAUGGAUGAAAGAGAAAGUUCUCUCCAACAUCUUCAUGGUACUGAAAUCCCAGGGAAGGAGGAUAAAGGUGCUUCAAUGACUGAACAAAACUGUGCAGAGGAAGUACACUCAGUAGCUAGUCCUUGUCCAGGGGAAAAACUAAACACAAAGAAUGAAGCGGCUACUGAAUUUCAGCAGUGCAAUAAAUACUUAGACAAUGAUGCAAAAUCUCAAGAAAGACCGUGUCAUCUGAAUCUUCAUCAAAGAGAAACUAAUGCUGAUGUGCAAAAGAGCAACUCCGCAAAACCUGCAGAAGCCAGUAAGAAUCAGAUACUGACUCAGGAAGGCCAAGUGAGAGACAGUCAACCAGCACCUACAGAAUACGCUAAUACUGAUUUACUUCCAGGAGACAUAGAUGAUUAUGACACAAUGGCACAAACCUGCAUGUAUGAGCAUCGGCCUUCAAAAACCCUUUCUCCAAUAUAUGAGAUGGAUGUUGGAGAAGCAAUUGAACAGAGGAUGGAUUCAGAAACAGCAGUUCUUGACGUGGAUUUUGAAGAUCAGCAGUUUGUAGAACAGGACUGGACUCUUCUCAGGCAACUGUUAUCUGAACAGGACUCAAACAUAGGUUUCAAAAACUCUGUUCCAGAAGACCUUAACUUAGCACAAUGUCUAAUCAAUCAGACGCUGUUUCUGGCACGAGAUGGUUCAAAUCCUCAGGGUACAUCACAAGUUGACACAUUCAGUAGGUGGACUGAGCUUAUGUCUCCACUUGAUGAUUCUUCAGCAAGCAUUACAGUGGCAAGCUUUUCAUCUGAAGACUGUUCUUCCCCUCAAGGGGAAUGGACAAUUCUUGAACUGGAAACUCAUCAUUAAGGUGAUCAAAUGUUUGCAACCUAACUCCAACCCGUUCCCCAAAUCUAUUUUUGAUGUGUUGUUUCCAUACAGUGAAAUACUGCAUCAGUCAAGAACAAGCAAUUCUUGGUACUGAGGCAAUCUUUCUGAUAUGAGGUAAAUAUGUUAAUUUAUAAUCUAGAUUUAAUUGCAAGUACAGAAAUUUUUCAAGUCUUAACCGUAUGUCUUUUCUAAAAUGAACUUUGAGCAUGUAUUUUCUAGACUUGUUAGAAAAAUUAGAUGACAUGAAAGAAAGAUCUUGGUCUCCUCUCUACUUUUAUCUUCCUUUUGGCCACUUCAUAUGCUCAUUGAGCAAGAGAUUAAAGAUAACUGCACCUUUAGUAGGGCUACUCCCUCCUUUUUUUCUUCUCCCUCUCUAUAUGGUGACUUCAUUUUACAACAAUAAAGAUUCAGACUGGUUAUGUCAAAAGGUCAUGAGUGCCAACACUGCUUUUAAUACUAGAAACAUAUUUUUGUUCACAGAAGAGGUUUCAAUAGGAAUCCUUUUUGGGCUUAUGAAUAAGAACAGAUUUUCAUCUGUUGCUGCCAGACUUCAUAUUUUACUACUUAUUGUUUGCUUUGUUUACAAGUUUCUAAUAAUUUUUUAAAUGUUAUUCCCUUCAAAUACUUCUAUAUAAAGGGUCUGUGCUAGAGGAAGGGCAUCACUUCUUUCUUGAAAAUGUACUUAAGUAAAUAUUUUUUUAAUGGCAUAGUACAUUAAUUGAGAGGAGUUGGGAGAAUGCUGCUCGUGUUUGAAAAACAGCACGUCUGAUAUUUGUGAAAGUAUACAUUUCAAGACCUGGUAGAAGUUAUCUAGUCUGGUGGCUCUUGUCUUUCACACAGUUGAAAACCUGAAGUAUUCUAUCUCCUCUUAGUCACCAAGAGGAAAAGUGCCUUCAUAAGAGCCAUAUGGCAGUAAGAGGCUACUAAUGGUUUGGGGUUUUUUUGUUAGAACUGUUUAAGAUAAACAUACAACGUGUGCUGACUAUAACCAUUGGUAAUAAGGUCAGUUUUGCAAGCUUUUGUGUAACUCUGACAGUGCACCUUAAUUUUGUUUAGGAACUUCAUUUAUUUUGUUCAUGAUCAGAAACUCAGCUGUGUCAAAAUAUGACUGAAGACAGACCUUGUCUUAUCUUUGGAUUUGACAUAAUAAAGAGCUCUGAGGCAAAACAUCUACUCAAGAAUGCUACUUUGUUGCAUUUCUGAUACAGAAGCAAAAGUGAUGUUUUCCACAAAAUAAUUGGAAGAGGAAAAUUAGGUCAUUCUUUAACAUCAAGAAAGCAGGGAGGAAAAAAAGUUAGUUUUCCUUUCUGUUUGACAAUGAUCUUAAAAACCCAUGGAAGAAAGAUAUUCAACAUGAUAAUUAAAAACCUUUCCCAUACUACUGAAUUGAAAAAUAACUGACAACUAGCUCACAGAGCUUCACGUGUUGUACUGGAAUACAAUCAUAUUACAGGGUUGUGGGUGGGUUUUGUUUGUAGUUAAUUUUCAUACUACAGCUGAGAAAGCAAGACAGAUUCUCUUCUCAAGUCCCCACUGAUGCUGGUGCUAUUUCUGCAAUAGUUUUGUAGUAGACCAGUGCGGAGAACUUGGUGUAUUAUUCAGUUGAUGUAUACUGAUGCAAGAACAGAAUUCAGCCAUGUAGUUUCUGUAGAAGUAGCAGGAAGAGAAAGUCGUAUUGUUUUUAAUUCAUACUACCCGACUCCCUGUGAGCCUUAAUCAGACCAAUAUCCCACUGGCUAGACACAGUACAAACACAGAAUUAAAGCAAGAACUUCCACAGAGUGCUUAUAAUCCAAGUUAAGACAAAAGAUUAAAAAAAAAAAAAAAAAAAAACAUAGAUGGAAAAGAAUCAGAGUCAAUAUUUGCCCACCUGAUUAGCAAUGGUUUCAGUGCAUCAUCAGCUUGAAUACUUUUUCUUGUCCUCUGUAUUCAUUAUGGGAAGGGAAAGUGGGAGGGUAAGAUUUGAAGACCAGAUAAUGAGGGACAAAUCCUUGUUUGAAACCUUAAUACACAGGCAAUCAAAGCUAGCAUCAUGGGCCCCAAGUAAAUUAUAAGAGCUCCCACUGAGCUGCAAAGUGAAGACUGGGUAUGUACAGCUGAGGAAAGGGCAGAGGGGAAAUCAGUGAUGAUAAUGAAGAGACAACAUAGUCAAAGCUAUUGCUAAGGACUUCUCUUGGCAGUAGUAUUUUAAAUGAAAAAGGGCAAUACAAUUGCUUUUGUCAAAACCUAAGGUGAGAAAGGUACAGACAAAAGGUAACAAGUUACAUGAAAUUCAGUUAUGUGUGGAUAAAGAUGCCUGUACCCUACAGGUACAGCUGAGAAAUUCAGAACAGGACUUAGACUUUACAGUGAUGACCCUGCUCUUGCCUAACCUGAAUGACAUUUUACCAAGUGAAAAAAAACCUGUUUAACUGUUUUAAAUGUUUAAUGGAUAUGGAUACAUUAAGUUUAAAAUAGGCUAGACCUUCAAAACAUUAUGUCAGUAGGUGUAAUUACCAUUCUUGCUUGGAAAAAUAAGAGUAUAGAUGGCACUGGAGGAGUUGUUAUGACCAUUUUUACACUUUACUGCUAGCAAAAUUGUAUUUGUGCAGCAAAUCACAUAUUGUGGAGAAUAAAAGCAAAAGCUGAGGCUGAAUACUGAAAGCAUUGAGGAAAGCAGAGGUUCUUCUAAAGGAUUUGCUGAAAACAGAAUUAGGGAAGCUAAGGAAAGUAUCAAAGAUGGGGACAGGAGUCAAAUGAGGAAGGAAUAGCAGUGUUGAGGUUAGGUAAGAAAACGUUCCAAGAUGCGAUCAAAAGGAGAUUCUGGCUUCUUUCAAAAGAAUGGCCAGCAGAUCCCAUUGGGAAGAAUAUGAGAGAAUAUUAGUAAGGAAACUCUUAACAUGAAGAGAUACGUAAUAGUUAGCAAAACUCUUCAGUUAAUGUAUUUACUUCGGGUUUUAAAGGCAUGAGAUAUUAUAUUCAUGAAGCACAGCAAAAGAAUUCAGUAAACAAACUGCUCACAGGAAACAGUCACUUCAGAUAAAAGUAUGCACAUUAUAAUAAAAAUCUGAGUAUUGUUGGAAAAGAUUAGUAAUAAAGUUCAAGAAAUAUGGCUUGCUGGCAAUAUUUUAAUUUCUGGGUAAUGUGUGACUUGAACGUACAUGUUUAAUGAACUUAUUCCACAUUUUUCUUUGCAAGGUAUUAGAUACAUUUCAAAACAGUACUGAAUUCUCAAUUUUAUUACUGGGAGGAGCCAGUGGGCAAGGAACUUCCCUUUUUCUCACACAUACACUGUCCAUGAGUUCCCCUAACACUGUCUGUCUUUCAGGAAACAUAUAACAAAAAAUUAAAUCACCUGUUCCAAGUACAGAUUAAAGGAAAGUAUUUUAAAAUUGAGUUAUGUCAUCUGCAAAGUAAUUGCUAGCAUGCUCAUCCUACUUUCAGUAAUCUAAACCUUUGCAUGAAGCAAGUAAGAACAGCUAUUAUGUCGUUCAUCAGUUGCUCAGAACAUUUGAAUAGAUAUAGUUUUGCUACCACUAACAUCAAAGGAAAAACUCCUGUUGACCUCAGCUGAAGCAGGUUCAGGACUUAGCUUGAUUAAAUGCAUGUACUAGAAAUGCUACUUUUCCAAUAUAUGUAUUUCACACUCCUCUGGUUUUUAUUCUAACUUAUAAUAUCUUACUAUUGUAAAUGUGACAAAUGGCAGCUAUAAAGACUUCAAUUUAGGAGUCAGAAUUGUAUGUGUUCUGUUAAUAUUUCAUGACUAGAGUGAUUUAACAUUUCUACAUUGAUAGAUGACAUUCUUGCCAGGACUGUGCAGGAACUGAGGACAAAAGACAGAAGCAGCAGCCCUGUUAGAACAGAUGACUCCAUGAAAAUGGGCUUUUACAUUUGAAAAUGCAACAUAGAUAAAAGCUUUGAUCUCUUGCAGCAAAUUCAUAGUGGUUUCCACCUGUAUCUUUUGAACACAAGCUACAGAGACUGUUUUUCAAAAAUAAGCUCUACUGUGCUCAGUUUUGGAAAAAUCACAGCUCCAAUCCAUUCACUUAAAAUGAAGCUUCCUAUCAGCAGCUACUGCAUAUGUUUAAGAAAACAACGCUUGUUACAGAGGAAGAUAAUUUACAUUAAAAGUGGCUCUCAAUUUAAAAAAA